AUGGAAGGCAUCGUCGAAACCAUAGAGGAAGCGCCCGAGAAGGACAAUGGCCCGCCGCCGGCCACCGUGGCCCGACGAGCCAAGUCGUACAGCGAUUUCUACACCGUCGUCCGGGCGCACUUGAAGAAGGAGAAGGGGCUGGAGCGGAAGAAGUCGCGAGAUAACAUCAGCAAUGAGUUGGAAUUCGCGGAGUGGUAUAGUGGCGUCAAUGACGAGCUGCUGGAGGCCAGCCAUGAGGAGUACAAGCUCUAUCAGGACCAGCUGCAUCUGAUGCGGAACCAUCUCGACACGAUAAUAGCGGACACUACUUCGGCCCUCGAUACUCUCUCGUCCCUCACCGAAUCGUUUAAAGCCGUCGAAUCGCAGACAACCGCGUUCCAGACACAAUGCGAAGGCCUGAUAGACGACCAGACGCGCAUCACAAAGCUAGCAGAUGAUAUGGAACAGAACCUGCGUUACUAUCUCUACCUGGAGCCCAUCACCAAGAGACUCAACGCGCCUGGUGCGGGGAACAUCGUGCGGGGAAAGGAGUUCACAGAGAUGCUGGCGAAUCUGGACAGUUGUCUGGAAUACAUGCAGGCACACCCGAAGCAUCGAGAGUCCGCUACGUACCGCUCACGAUACCGUCUCCUGCUUACGCGUGCUCUCACCCUCAUCCGAGUCCACUUUACGAACGCCCUUCGCGAAAUUGCCGCGGAUGUGGCGAAGCGGAUAGCAGAUCGUCAACUAAACGAUACCACUAUGUCUGCUUUGCUGUACGCAAAGUUUCGCGUAGGGGCACCGGAGCUGAAGCGGAUAGGGCUCGAAAUACAAAAGCGCGUCGUAUUACCUGCAGGAGCGGAACCUGGAGCCGAGGCAGAGUAUCAGAGCUUGAUGAACGAGCUCUACCAGAGCUAUUCAGCCACCCGCGGGCGGCUGAUCCUUCCCAUCGUCACAAAGAAGAUUGGAGAGAUUGCUCAAGCGCCGAGUACGUCGAAAGACCUGGUCUCUUUUGCUCGGAGCAGUAUAAGCUACAUACGCGGCAUCUGUUUCGAUGAAUACGACCUUUGGGGUGAAUGGUUUGAAGGUGAUGGUGGCGUAUACGACUUCCUCGAAUCUAUGUGCGAGCCUCUAUACGAUCAUUUACGCCCUCGGACCAUCCACGAGACCCAGAUUCUCAAGCUUUGUGAACUUUGUACCCUCAUUCAGACACGCUACAUGGAAGAAGAGGAGGAGGAGGAGGAGGAGGAAGAAGUCGCAGUUGUUGAAACAAGCAAGCUAGAAUUUACGGCCCUAGUGCAUCCAGCACUCCAAGACACUCAGAACCGCCUAGUGUUUCUUUCGCUCAACGUUCUCCGUGACGAGAUUGAGAGAUAUAAGCCGAAGCCAGAAGAUCUAGAUUAUCCCGCCAAGAACAAGAAGCAAGCCGUGUCGGGUGCUAAGUCGAACCAGCCGGUACUCUCUGGAAGGAAGGCUCCGAAGUCAGAGGCCCCCCCGACGCCUCAGAUGCCGAAGACGCCUAUGGUAGUCGAGGAGGAUGAUCCCGAUGCACGAUGGAGCUUCAACACGGAGACUGCAUUCAAGGACUGGUACCCGACGUUGAGGAAAGCAAUCUGGUUACUUAGUAAGAUAUACCGGCUAGUUCACUCCUCCGUCUUCGACGAUCUAGCACACCGCAUCGUCCAUGGCACCACCCUCUCCUUGGCCCACGCGAGCACCCUGCUCUCUAAAUCAGCCUCCCCGACCGACGCCGCGCUCUUCCUCAUCGCACACUUGCUUCUCCUAAAACAACAAAUCGUGGCCUUCGAUAUUGAAUUCGUGACGCCCGAGACAGACCUGCAGUACGAUCUCUCUAGUAUUACCAACACUUUCUGGGAGCUUCGGGCCCGCGGUGGACUCUUCAACCCAAGAAGUCUUGUAGGCCUGCUGAUUCCGAAAGUGGUGGAGAAUAUGCUGGACGCCAAAGCCGAAGUCGACACCCGGCUCAGACAAGCGAUCCAAGAUUUUACUGCCCAAUUUGUAGGACGCAUGACAGCACCUAUCAAAACCAAAGACGGGAAAAUUCUGCCCAAAAUCUCCCCUGGCGAAGCAGCCCCCCGCAUCACCAAAGUGCGCUCCAACAUCGAACACGAGACACCCUUCCUACGUGCCAAACUAGAAGAAUACAUCACUGACUACCGCACGCGGGAGAUGCUCGUCGCCGCCGUCAUGGAGUCCGUGACCCAGACGUACGAAGACUGGUUCGACACUGCCUACACGCCUUCACUCAACGGUACGGGCAGGAGUAGCAAGGGUAAGGGCAGGGAGGAUGGGGUGUGGGAUCCCGAUGUCUUUGGUGAGUGGUGUGCAGGGUUAUUUAAGGUGGGCACGCUGGGGCUGGGAAUUAUGACUGACGGGCCUGAGGAUAUGGAUAAUGGCGCGGAUGAUAGUGAUGGGAGCAUGGGGGCUAUGAGUGGGAGGUCGAGUACGGAGAGGACAGGGACGACAGGCAUUAGGAUUAAGAUGUAAUAACUGAGCAUAGCGGCGGCGGCUCACGCCUAAAAGCCGUCUAUCAGCGCAGGUGUAUCAGUGCGGCCAGGGUAGGGGAAGUUAGAUGAAAGAAGAUCAUGCCUAGGCGCGGGAAUGAAGAGUGGAUGGCCACAUUUGGGCCGUAUUCAAGCCCACUGAAUGCGCAGUCU